CGCUCCGGGUGCGCCAGGGCCUGCCUGGCAGUUGCGCAAGUUGCGCUCCGGCGGCUAUAAGAGGGGCGGGCAGGCAUGGAGCCCCGGAGGAAUCGAGGAAUCGCGGCUCCAGCAACUGCGAGGCCCCAGCAGCCCAUCCCGGGAAGGAAAAUGCGCUGUGGACCCCUCUGCCGAUUCCUGUGGCUUUGGCCCUAUCUGUCCUAUGUUGAAGCCGUGCCCAUCCAAAAAGUUCAGGAUGACACCAAAACCCUCAUCAAGACGAUCGUCACCAGGAUCAAUGACAUUUCACACACGCAGUUGGUCUCCUCCAAGCAGAGGGUCACUGGUUUGGACUUCAUCCCUGGGCUCCACCCUGUCUUGAGUUUAUCCAAGAUGGACCAGACCUUGGCGAUCUACCAACAGAUCCUCACCAGUCUGCCUUCCAGAAAUGUGAUCCAAAUAUCUAAUGACCUGGAGAACCUGCGGGACCUUCUCCACCUGCUGGCUUCCUCCAAGAGCUGCCCCUUGCCCCAGGCCAGGGCCCUCGAGACCUUGGAGAGCCUGGGCAGCGUCCUGGAAGCCUCCCUCUACUCCACGGAGGUGGUGGCCCUGAGCAGGCUGCAAGGAUCCCUGCAGGACAUGCUGCAGCAGCUGGACCUCAGCCUUGGGUGCUGAAGCCUUGAAGGCCUCCCUUCCCAAAGUCAAGGGAAGAAUCCUGAGCUUCCAGGUGUCUCCAGGAGAAGAGAGCCUGUGUGGACACCCUUUAUGCAAGCCUGCGGGCCAUUUUUCUCUCACUACUCUAAGCCACUCUUCCAAAGGCAGAAGACUCCAAGGCACGAAACCAAAGGUAUAAAUACAUGGUUCCAUGCCCCCUGGAAGGGGUGCCCAUCCAGCAGCAGCGGACUAGAUCUGGGGUUUUCACAGAAGUCUUCCUCCCUGUUCCAUCUCUCUCUCACUGCAUGCUUCAGCGUGACCCUGGGUGAUUUCAGGAGGCGGACCACGGAGCUUUUUCGGACGAUCAAGCAAGUUUCCAUCUGAGAAUUCCGGGGAGCACCAUGAAGGCUACGCUGCAUGCACAGCUGGAUACUCCCAGGCAGCAUGAGUUGAAAGCGCCUAUUUAUUUACCAUGCAUUUUAUUUAUGGAUUUGAAGCAAAACACCCGCUUUUCCAGGUUCUUUGGGGUCAGCCAGGGCUAGAGAUGCUCCUAGGUGCUGUUUCCAAUCUCAUCCAUGAGCCUGAUCUAGGCAAACCCAUUUUGAGUGACUUGAGGGCCCUCAAGUUAGUUCUUUAGUGACUGGCUUUGUUUCUGCUGUGACUGACUUUCAAUUACAGUGUUUGCAAUGGCAUUGCCCUAAACAGAUCUCGAAGGGCCAGGAUGUUUUCAAAAGAAGAUGAAUUUUGUCAAGUGUAAUAUAUAGCUGUGUGCACUCGGAGGUGGGGAAUGCGUUGAGGGAAGGGGAAGUAUCCAGAAUGAAUUUUUUGAAGAACAUUUGUGUGAUGGGUUCUUUGGAUGGGGUGACAUCAUUUCCCCAUCUUCGUGGUUUUCAUGAAUAAGAGACGAUCUCUUCAGGGGGGUUCUGGGGUUUUGCUGGUGCCUGGUGCCCGUGGAGGGAGUGGGGACGAGGCUGAAGCCGAAGACUUUAGGGCAGCGGGGAGCUCUGGCCUUCUCCGACUGCUGGAGAGUGGUCUUUCUUAUCAGGAAGUGAGGAUCCCGCAUUGGAGAUAGUGAUCCCCAGAGUUGAGAUCCUUGGUGUGGUGCUCUGAAUGGUCCAGGCUGAUCCCACACUGAGUUUAUAACAUAGCAGUGUCCCUGUUUGGCAUUUGCAUACUCGCCAAAAGCAGGGUCAUUUUUCCCAUCCGUGUGGGAAGGAUUUGUAUUCCAGUGGGAGGCUGAAAUCUGUAGGUGGUCUGUGGGCUUUAAAAGAUGGUUCCAAGACCUGGGUCAGCACUGGAUCAGUGAGUCCCAGGUCUCCACGACUGGUUUUCAGGAGUACCCGCUCUUGCUAGAGGUCACGUUCAGUAGUACAAACAAGGAGGCUUGAGUUUCCCACCAUCCUGCUGCUGUGACGCAGCAAUCACACCACAGGAGGUGAAUCUGUCCAAGGAAAUUUGAAUCUAAGCAAUCAAUUUGAAGACUGAGCGCCUAUUGUGCUCAGUCCUGACUGGUGCUAUGGGCUAGAGAAGCUCACCGAAUAAAUAUUAAAAUGCAGUCCUGCCCUCAGGGACCUUGCAUUCCAGAUGAUAAAACCCCACUCUGGGGCAUGCAAAGGCGGCAUUUCACCAUGGCAAUGGAACAGCUGAAAUUCAGUAUGGUCCUCAGCAGGUGGGAAAUGCUGAGCUGAGGAAGGCAGUGCCCAGAGGGCCCCAGGCUAACACUGCUUGGACUUAGUAGCAUUUUUCUUUUUCAGGGCACGUCAGCAUCUAUUACUGUGAAGCCACGUUCCUUUGAAGAAGGAUAGCUGAGAAUUUAAAAAACCUAAGACCGUAACAGCAGAAAGGUGACAGGAUCAGCACUAGAAACAGGUCCUCUGACCCUAGAGUGUCCCUGGAGCCAAGUAAUGCUCUCUGGGGAUGCUAAUAGGGGUGGGCAGGGAGACUUGGGGUGCUUGCUGGAAGAGAGGAAUUUUGAGGCCGAUUUAGCAGGAAAUGAGGGAAGUGAAUUGCCCGGGGGGAGGAGGCUGAUUCUUUGAAGCUUUGGUGCUGAGACACCAAGGUGAUGGGGCAAGAAGGCAGUUACAAAGAAAGGCAGAGAAAGGAAAGAUGGGAGGGAAAAGGACACGUUGAAGAGCCCGUCUGGGGCAAAGAAGUUUGCUAUCGAAAGAGUUAAGAGUCUAAAGUUCUAGAGCAAAGACUCAUGGGAUGGCAGAGUUGGACCUGCUCUGGAAAAAAAUAUGUCCUGAUAAUCACAGCCACUCAGGCUGGGAUUUUUGUGAGUCUUUUGCUCACAAAACCUGGCACUAUGGCUCAUUCCUGGAGUGUGAAACUUCCAAAAUGGAAAUGAUUGUCUUUUCUUGUAACUUGAAAUAAUUUUUUUCGGUCCCAAAAAAUCCAAAUAAAUUACCUUUGCCCCCUGGU